AGAAGUGGAGUUGUGAAGUACCCAAAGUUCUACAGCUUGUUUGAAGAGGAAAAGAGAGAGACAGACAGAAAAUUCAAUAGGAGAGAGAAAAAAAAAACAGGAGGACAGUAACUAAAGCAUGGGUGAUCUAAUUGCUUGGUUAUUAUCCUUUUUCAUCCUAAUUGCUCUUCUUGGUAUUAUCCUCUAUCAGCUCAUGUGCUUGGCAGACCUUGAGUUUGAUUACAUAAACCCAUUUGAUUCAGCAUCUAAGAUAAACAACGUUGUUUUGCCAGAGUUUAUCACUCAGGGAGUGCUGUGUUUCCUCCAUCUUGUGACAGGACACUGGAUGAUGUUUCUGCUAUGUCUUCCAUACUUGUAUUACGACUUUAAAUUGUACACUGAACGUCGCCACUUGGUAGAUGUAACCGAGAUCUUCAAUCAGCUUCCCUGGGAGAAAAAGAUACGAUUGUAUAAGCUGGGAUAUCUUAUUGUCCUUAUGGCAUGUUCAAUAUUCUGGAUGAUUUGGAGCAUUGUGGAAGAUGAGGAUUAUUAAGGAGUCAGCUUGCAAGUCUAUCCUAUGUUCUUGGUCUGGAUUAUCUCUAUGAUUGAAGACUAAUGUUUUGGCGUGACUGUAAGACCAUCGAACUGCUGAUUAGUGUUCUUUAUCGUGGGCUUUAUGUGCAGAUCUUUCGGUUGGGACCUGGAGAUGCAAGAUAAAGCUCUCUGCUCAUGACGGCCCUGAUUGAUGUAUUUCACGGCCAGAUUUAGGCGAAUUUUAUCUUUUCAAAUUUAAUUCUGCAUAGCCACCUUGUAUUUGUACCCUGUUUUGGGAACCAAAUACUGCAUAGCAGCAGGGAAACUUGUGUACAAUAAGAGGGCCAUUGUAUUGUUAUUGGUUAUAGAGUCUUCUUGCUUUGUGGACGUGACCCAAGACAUCUUGAAGAAGGCAAACAUUAAUCAUUUUUACCAA